CCGCGCUCCGCUGCUGGAGUGUGGCGGCCCGGCCUCCGCAGGCUCCCCGGGCCGAGCUGCUGCGAGCUCCGGCAGCUGCCUGGGGACAUCAUCCCCGGCCCGGAGUUCCGACUUCCUUCACCCCCACCCCCGAUCCAGACGCCACCGAUCUCCUCCCGGAUCCUCUUCCUCCGUAACCUGCUGGUUUUCUUUUUCCUCUCUCUCUCGGCUCCCAUCGCCCCAAUCCGCCUUUCCCUUCUCUGCUCCCGGGCCCGUGGCUGACCAUCCCCAUCAUCCCACCUGCCAUCCGCCUGGCUUCUGCCCCUCCUUGACCUCGGAUCCCGUGACCGACGGGGCACUGCCAUAACCUUCCCACCAGACUCUCCUAAACUCCUUUUCCUUCUUUCUUUGCCAGCUCCUGACUCCCAAAUUCCAGCUAACCUUUGACCUCUUGACAUCUGACCCUAACAUUCUUCACCCCAAAUCUCUCAGUUCCUGCCUCCUGCAGUCCAAACUUGCCAAGACGGAGGCCUACCCCCUGAGUUCUGACUCCAUUUCUGAGGCUCAUUUUUACUUUCUUACUCCUGGGUCACUUCCUGUCACUGCGACCCCACCAUGGACUUCUUGAUGAGCGGCCUGGCAGCCUGCGGGGCCUGUGUGUUCACCAACCCUCUGGAGGUGGUAAAGACCAGGAUGCAGUUGCAGGGAGAAUUGAAGGCCCCCGGCACCUACCAGCGGCACUACCGAAAUGUCUUCCACGCUUUCAUCACCAUCGGCAGGGUGGAUGGCCUGGCUGCCCUGCAGAAGGGACUGGCCCCUGCCCUCUUAUACCAGUUCCUGAUGAAUGGCAUCCGCCUGGGCACCUACAGCCUGGCUGAGGCCAGAGGCUACCUGCAUACUGCCGAAGGCACCCUCAGCCCUCCGCGAAGCGCAGCAGCUGGGGCCCUGGCUGGGGUCAUGGGAGCCUAUUUGGGGAGCCCCAUCUACAUGGUAAAGACACACCUGCAGGCACAGGCAGCCUCAGAAAUUGCUGUAGGACAUCAGUAUAAGCAUCAGGGCAUGUUUCAGGCGCUAAGCAAGAUUGGCCAGAAACAUGGUCUGGUGGGGUUGUGGCGUGGGGCCCUGGGCGGCCUGCCCCGAGUUAUCAUCGGUUCUUCCACCCAGCUCUGCACCUUCUCAUCCACCAAGGACUUCAUCACUCAGUGGGAGAUAUUUCCUCCCCAGAGCUGGAAGGUUGCUCUGGUGGCUGCCAUGGUGAGUGGCAUUGCAGUGGUCCUGGCCAUGACACCCUUUGAUGUGGCCAGUACAAGGCUCUACAACCAGCCCACAGAUGCUCGGGGCAAGGGCCUCAUGUACCGGGGGAUCCUGGAUGCUCUGCUGCAAACUGCUCGGACAGAGGGCAUUUUUGGCAUGUACAAGGGUAUAGGUGCCUCCUACUUCCGCCUUGGCCCCCACACCAUCCUUUCCCUCUUCUUCUGGGACCAGUUACGCACCCUCUACUACACGUACACCAAAUGACAACAGCCACUCUUGCACACACCACCAAAUCAGCACUCCUUGGACACUUCUGCCUCCACUACUAUAUCCUGGUGACUUCUGACCAGGUGACCUGUCAUCCACCCAAGGGGGACAGCCAACACCACUCCCCAUCUGUUUUCUCAGGGUUAAAUCACUACAAGGAACAGUCUGCCUCCCUUCCUUGGGUGUCACUUUAAACCUUCCCUACCCAUCCUCCUGGACACGUCACACCCCCUCUCUCAGGGCAGAGCCAAUCACUCCAAAGUAUUCCCUCCUUUUAUGUGGAUGGCCUUGGGUCCCCUUCUGAUCCUAUGCACAAACUUUUAACCCCCCACUCCAAGACCAAAAGGAACCAGGGGGGACCCAGGUGUCUUGUUGGAUUCAGCAAGGCACAGAGAUAUUAUCUUCGUUAUAAAGCAAGUUUAUUUCUGCAGA